AUGGCGCGUUUCCGCCUCGACCGGAAGUUGCUCUGCUCGGGCGAGGCCUUUCCUUCCUUCUCUAUGGCCCUCGCCCGACACCACUUCCCGCACUUCGGAACGCCCGGUUCGUCGCUCGGCCGGGGCAUGUAACGGUCGCCGUCGCCAUGGAGACGCCCGACACGAGGGUUCUCCUUUCCCAGUCAGAAGAAGCUCUGGCCUCUCCUUUGCCAAAUGAAAGCAUAAACUGUCCACUGCCAAAUCUAACACCAAGACACCAAGACCUGAUUGCCACACCGUGCGGCCCAAUCAAACGAUGGUCCGAGCUGUCGUCCCCGGUCAAGAUCUACUUCUGUGUCACCAUCCUUUCGCUGUUGAGUGUCAUUGGAUUAACCAUAGAGACCCUCAUCCAGCAGAAAAAUGAAGAUUUUACUGUGUCUCUCAUCCAGAUCAUUGGCCUCGUGUUCUGCAUCUAUUACGUCAGCCGAGGAAUCCUGCAGGAGAAUCGCCAGGAGCUGGUGGUCUUCGUCCUCUCUAUCGCCUUGGUCAUGCUGCGCUCCGUGAUCAACUUCACCGUCCUCCCUGCCAAGCAGAAGCCGGAGUUGCUGGCCCGCUUCGUCUUGAUCCUUCUGGUCGGGGCCUUUGACGUCAGCUGCGCCGUGAUCCUGAUCCAGAGCGAGAGCCGGAUGGCCUUCCGAGUGGGCGGGGCUUUGGAGAGCCUCCAGGCCCAGUAUUUCAUGCUGAACCUCUGCUUUUCCAUGCUGACCUUUGACCUCCAGGCUCAGCUCUGUUUGUCUGUUUUGCUGCUGACCACAACCCGGAAGAUUUCAAGUCUGCACAGUGUGUUCCUGGCUGCUGGGAUUUGCUGGGCUGUUCUCAAGGUUGCUUGUGGCAUCACUGCAAUCUUGAAAGAGUUGAAACCUCUCGCCUGGAUUUUUGUGCUUCAGAAUUUACCAGAAGUGGCUUAUCUAGCCUAUCUGUUGUACACAGUCAUAACAGAAUGGGGCCAAGGAAGUUCUUACGCCCUGGAAGCGGCCAUCAUCACCUGCUCCUGCAUUUCGGUGACGAUCAAAAGCGUCCUGUUUUGGGCAAUGUUCCAUGUCUAUCAGAGCUUUGGGCAAGGCCUGAGAGAGAGGAUGUUUUCUUCCUAUGGAAGGAUCGAUUCAUGACCUGCAGCUCCGUUGCCAAACCGAUGUGCUCUUAUAGAGUGAAGAAUCUAGUUGGGGAAACCCGAUCUCCCCCCUUCCCCACCCCCGGUUGGACUCUGGAGAAGCGGCAGAAGAGACUGGAUCCCAAGGCAGACCUUUGCUCCCCUAGGAUUCCGUUCUGCCUCGCUGGAUCUCUGGAACCGCCCCACCAGCCUUCCUCCUGCGGACGAGCAAAGAAAACCACGCAUCCUCCUGCUCUACUGUCCAAAGAACCAUCGGAGCAGCUUCCCAAUGUGGCUUGCGCUGCGGCCUUUUCCCGCGCGAGGAUCCGGCCUUUGCUCCCUUGGCUGUAUUGUCCUCCCCCGUUUUUAACCUCGUUUUGGGCCCUGCGACGGUUGACAUGUCUGAGCUUGACCGGCGGGCGGGACUGGGUUGCCAAAUUGCAGAGCAGGUCCGGGGAGGCGUGGCUGUCGGUUUUGAUGAACCCGUUCUCGCCUUCAAGAGCCUCACCUUGCCUGACCUGACCCGCUCUCCGAUCCGGUUUGAAACCAGAAACGUUUCGAGUGCAGCUUGCCUGUUUUCAUCCUUCCGAGACUGCAGGAGUCGAGUUUUCGUUCCAAGUUUGCAAGGUCGAUUCGGAUCCUGCACAUCUGGCAGGCACUCAAGGGGACGGGCUCUGCCCUCCUGGUGUGGAGGCAGAGGGGCAGGGAGGCAAAGAACAGUAGCCUAAUGGUUGCCCAUAGGUCGACCAAUUUUGAACACACCCUCUCCUUUUGUGGAAAAAGCGGAGAUGUUGUUCCAGCUGAAGAAUUUUGGGUCAGGACCCACCGAAGGCAGGAUAGAAGGAAUGGUAAAUCAUUUGACUAAAGUUGUUCCAUCCAGGGUACACAAAGUGGGCCUUGCAAGGAGCAGCGUGUCGGUCUAAAUCAGACCCCGUGAGCGUUUCUCAAAACGUUGGCCCAAACUAGGGUCUUCCAGCUUCAGUCUAUACUAGCAUGGCUGAUUCCUUGCUGAUUCCAGAGAACUGUCUUUAUAAACAGUUCCAACGCAGUCUUAAAACUUUCAGCGCCAACCUUCUCCAAAGAUAUAAAGUUUUGGUUCUAUCUUUUCAAAACAUCCCUAGUUCUGUGAGCAUUUUCGCCAAGCCUAUUCUUCAUAACAAAGUGAUUUUUCUAACAAAAGCCAGUAUUUCAUACUCUAAUCAUAAUGCUUUAUUUAAUAAUAAUAAUAAAAAGGUUUGUUACCGGCCUUGUAUUUUUCAAUAAAGAAUCAAUGGCA